AUGGGACUUUUCUCGUGGAUCCGUCCCAGCGGACGGAUUUCAUUCUUUAGCGCAAAGGAGAAUAAUCUUCUUUUGACUAAAAAAUCUGCAAAAUCUGGCGUUAAGGAACAUGUUACCCUGGCGGAGCUCUGCCGCACUGCUACUCCAACAAAAUGCCAGUUGAACCCCCUGCUUUUCAAUGGCCACCUGCAAACCUGUUGGACCUCAGUAAAGUUUGAUAAUGUCCCUGUCUACUACAAGCGACGAAUCUUCGAGGCCGAUAGCCCCCGUUUCAAAGGACAGUUCGCAAUCGAUUUUGUCGUGGAGCCGUACGAGGUGCCGGAGACUGCCGAAGCAAUCGAUGAAGAGAGAAAGUACACUCUGCCAUCCGGACUUCCAGAACGCACAUCGAUGUUUUCAGAGGCCGAGUUCGCCGCUUUGCCUUCAGAUGAUACGAAGCCAAUGCUCGUGGUUCUCCAUGGCCUCAGUGGUGGGUCGCAUGAACUUUACCUGCGCCAUGUAGUUAGCCCCCUUGUCGCAGACCGAAGCUGGGAAGCCUGUGUGGUAAAUUCUAGAGGCUGUGCUCAGACAAAGAUCUCGAGUGGUGUACUCUACAAUGCCCGUGCUACUUGGGAUGUCCGUCAGGCUGUGAAGUGGUUGCGAGCCACUUUCCCCAACCGACCUCUCUUUGGUAUUGGAUUUUCUUUGGGGGCGAACAUUCUUACCAAUUACCUUGGUGAGGAGGGAGAUGCUUGUCAAUUGAAAGCAGCGGUUAUCUGCGCAAGCCCUUGGAACUUGGAAAUCAGCUCCAUGGCUUUACAGAGCAGCUUCAUGGGACUUCAGGUGUACAGCAGGGUGAUGGGAAUUAGCAUGAAAAAGCUCUUCGAGCAGUAUGUGUUCGAGGAGAUUUCCAAGCAUCCCAGAGUCGAUGCGGAAGCUAUCAGAAGCAUCACUUAUCUGCACGAGUUUGAUAGGGCUUUGCAAUGCGCCUUGUGGGGAUAUCCUACAGAAGGUACCUACUAUCGCGAUGCAUCUUCUGUCGAUUCACUGCUCGCGAUCAGAAUCCCUUUCUUUGUUGUGCAAGCAGAGGACGAUCCAAUUGCUUGCGUCCAGGCUCUUCCAUUCCAGGAAAUGGGCCAAACUCCGUACGGUGUCAUGAUGACCACCUCGUGGGGUGGUCAUCUUGGUUGGUUUGAAUUCGGAGGAGACCGAUGGUUUGCGAAACCAGUAAAUAAUUUCUUGAACAUGAUGGCCAAGGAAGUCGACCUUGAAACUGCUCCAGUGGUCGAGUUUCCGGGGCAGGUACCCGGACAGGCGUCUGAGCCUGAUGACGACACUGAUAUACACUUCAAGAAGGCCAAUUUCAGCCCGAUGCGCCGCAAGCUAAGCUUGCCAAUCAUUUAAUUCAGCGUCAUUCUUAGACCUUAGAGGAUAUAUUGUUGGAUGAAGACUUGUUGUUUUUGUUGAUGACUAGAUGUUCGUCGCGAAUGUCAUUCAUGUCAUACUUCGAAAGAUAUAGAUAGACCCAUAGAAACGCCAGCGACCCUUCUAAAUACAUAUUCAACCAUGCUAUA